GGAGAAGUUGUCCCUAUCAGAGUGAAUGGCCUUAUAAACCAGUCCGUCCUCCUGUCACCAUCUGUGGAUACAUCUCAUCCUGUACAACAUGUCUACUGGAACUUCCAAGCUCACAUUAUGGCAUCUUUUAUAAAUAGUCAGCUUACUGUGAUAAGAAAUGAGUUUAAAGGAAGGCUGGAGAUGCUGGAUGAUGGAAGAGCACUGAGGAUUGGACAACUAACACUGAAUGACAGUGGACUCUACUCUGUAACCAUGACUUUUAUGGACAAAACACUUGACGCAUCCUACAAUCUCACUGUGUAUGAACCUGUUCCUACCCCAUCUAUAAGAUUUAAAUCCAUGGAGAAGACCACUGACUGGUGCAAUGUGACUCUUCGAUGUUCAAUCCCAAGAAAUACAUCAUCAUUGUCCUAUACUUGGAAAUAUAGACAUGGAGAUCAGCUGUAUAAUAAUUCUGGAGAGACAGUCCAGAUGUCACUGCAACGGGAGUCCUGGGACAUGGAGGUCCUGUGCAUAGUACACAACCCCGCUGACCGAAAGAAUGUCUCUCUAGCAAAAUUCUGCACAAAGUAUAGCGGAAAACAUAGAAAAACUGGACAAGAUAAAAAAAACCGUGGCUAUUACAGCUUUUUGGCACUUCUAGUGGUGCCAUUGGUUUUCCUGGGAUGGUAUCUCCUUGACAUGAAGAAAAGACGAAGGAAAGAACCACAAAGUAUCGAUUCAGAACAAAUGAACUAUGCAGAACUUAUAAUGGCCCCACGAAAUGUACCUACUCAGGUCAGUUUCCCCAAGACGACACCUUUGCCCCCUUCACAACACGCAGACUUAGACCACGUCCGCUACAACCGUGGAACACUGAAGUUACCAGUCAUCAAAAAACACAAAGCUGCACUCUUGAGCGACUGUGGCAGAAAACUGGGUCUCUGCAAGAUGAUUUAA